CCUCCAAUCGAAUCGUCAGCGAUCACUGAGCCUUCGCUUCGAUACCGUCAACAAGUCUUCUCUUCAGUCAACACUUUUCGGCUCAUAGCUGAAGAACCUUAGCAGUCAUGAGUAGGUUGCCUACACUGGAAGACUUGGCCAAGCGGAUCGUUCCAAAUGGCGUACCGACGAACCCUUCGCACAGCUCUUCCACCAGUGGUGUUCUCGCUGGCCCACCUCAAGCUUCGCGGUCACGCUUGCCCCAAUCUAUCCUUGCUGGCCGUGCCACCAGAGAGGGGGAUUUAUCUUCGGGGACCAAUGCCCUGACAGGGGAUGAGCCUCCUAAAGAGAUUCCGAAGGACAAAAUACAUCGCGGCUAUAAGAACAUUCCAUCGCUUGAUGCGAUCGCUUCACGAUUGCGCGCGAAGAGUGUGAGCGCCAAUAGCCCAUCGCCAACGGACCCAGUACAAUCUGCCGCGGACGGGGUUUCCAGUCUCACUUUGGACGAUACAAAAACAUCACCUGAGCUGCUCAAAGCCCCCCAACCCGUAUCACCACUUCAAACUGAGAAGACACUCUCGAGCCCCGAGCUUGAGACAGCUUCUUCUGCAGCGCAGAUGACCGAUAAUACUAUUUCAACUGCAACUUCCGGCACUCCUGAAUCGCCCAUUCUUCAUCCACUCCAGCACGCAUGGGCCCUCUUCCAUGACAGCAAGUCACGCGGAGCUGUGAUGACUGCUGACCCAGCCCAAACGAAAUUUACAGAUGCUGCUGAAAAUGCCGCUUCGCAGGAGGAAGAGUAUGCCGCUGGUCUAACCGUGGUCGGUGAAUUUGAGACUGUCGAAGAUUUUUGUCGUUGGUUCAAUUGGUUGAAACCGCCCAGUCAGUUGGAGAUGAAUAGUAAUUAUCACUUGUUCAAAAAGGGUAUUAAGCCUAUGUGGGAGGAUGAGGCUAACGCAAAUGGAGGCAAGUGGGUGCUAACUAUGAAGUCAAACCCACAGUUGCUUGACCGCUGCUGGUCUUGGCUUACGAUGGCUCUUGUAGGUGAAGAGCUAGACGAACGGGACGAGAUUUGUGGAGCUGUCGUGUCGUUACGCCCCAAGCAUGACAGAAUCCAGCUCUGGACGAGGUCGAAGGACGAUGUUGAACGUAUUAACAGCAUCGGCAAAAGGGUGCUCAAGCUGUUGGACGUAAACCAGGAGGAUGGUAUAGGGUUUGAGUUCCAGUAUCACUCUGGUGACCGACCCAUCCGUUCGAAAUUCUUUACAGUCCAACCUUCUUCAACCACGUACCACCGCCCUGCUCCAGGUCCAGGUAGCACAUUUGGAUCUGCUAUAUUUGGGAAGGGGAGUGUGUUUGGAGGUACGGGACACGCUCAGCCCAAGGGAUCGAUGACCGCUUGAUCAGUCGCUGGGGUUGGGGACACUUGUUUACCCCACCCCCCUGUCCGUACGCGUGUCUGCAUUUCUCCGGUCGAAAGUGCUUCAUUCAUUUUGGCGAGGUGCUAGGUCUCAACUGUAUCUUCUAUCAUUCGGGCCGAUGAGCCUGAAGUCAUUGAUUUCUCUCGCUGGUACGUCUCGCAUUGCAGCCUGUAAUUCUCCACAAGUUCGAUUUGUUGUUGCAUAUUAUGGAAUGUACAGGGUUUGUUUGGAAUAA